AUCGUAUGCAUAAUCGCUCUCACAAAUGGCGAGGCUUCGCGCGGAGUCCUUUCUUCUAGCAAGCACCGUUGUCGCUCUUCUAGCUCUCAAUGUCCUAGGGUCGGAGAAGAACCACAAGUAUGCCGACAAGGAGCAGGUAUCGCUGUGGGUCAACAAAGUAGGACCCUACAACAAUCCCCAGGAAACGUACAACUACUAUUACCUGCCGUUCUGCAAGCUCAACCCGAAGCAGCGGGCCGAGCACAGCUGGGGAGGACUCGGGGAGGUUCUUCAAGGCAAUGAGCUCAUCAACAGCCAACUGGACAUCAAGUACAAGGAGAAGCUGGAGUCCACGCGGAUUUGCACGAUGACGCUGGACGAGCGGAAAGCAGACAUAUUUGAGGAUGCAAUCAGGCGGCAAUACUGGUUUGAGCUGUUUAUGGACGACCUGCCGGUGUGGGGCUUCGUUGGCGAGCUCAAAAAGGACGACACCGGGAAUGAGACGGCGUACAUCUACACCAGCAAGCGGUUUGAUGUUGCCUACAAUGGGGACCGGAUCAUCCAGGUCAACCUGACCACCGCUGACCCGGUGCCAGUGGCGCCGGGGGCCAAGCUGGAGUUCAGGUACUCGGUGGAGUGGUCCGCCACCAAGACGCCCUUCAGCCGCCGCUUCGAGCGCUACCUGGACUACACCUUCUUUGAGCACAAGAUCCACUGGUUCAGCCUGGUCAACUCGUUUAUGAUGGUGCUGUUCCUGACCGGCCUGGUCGCAAUCAUCCUCAUGCGCACACUGAGGAAAGACUACGCGCGCUACGCUCGUUCCGCCGCGGACGCGCUGGACGGCGCGCUGGAUGCGGAGAGCCUGGAGCGCGACUUCGGAGAGGAGAGCGGCUGGAAGCUGGUGCACGGAGAUGUGUUCCGGCCGCCGCGGCAGCUCACGCUGCUGGCGGCGGCGGUGGGCACGGGCGUUCAGCUGGUGUUUCUGUGCCUGGCAGUGAUCCUGUUGACAAUCGCUGGAAGUUUCUUUGAGGAGCGCGGCACAAUUCUGACGUGUUUUAUCAUCGCAUACACCUUCACCUCGUUCAUUGGCGGCUACGUGUCAGGCGGCCUGUACGCGCGGCACGAGGGCCGGCACUGGAUCCGCACCAUGCUCAUCACCGCCUCGCUCUUCCCGGGGAUGUGCUUCGCCAUCGCCUUCGCGCUGAACACCAUCGCCAUCUUCUACCACUCGCUGGCCGCCGUGCCGUUCGCCUACAUCAUGGCUGUGUUGCUGCUGUGGGGCUUCAUCAGUUUCCCGCUGUGCCUGAUCGGCACCGUCAUCGGCCGCAACUGGAACUCCAUCCCCAACUACCCUUGCCGCGUGAAGCGCAUCCCUAGCCCCAUCCCCGGAAAGCCCUGGUACCUGCGGCCCUGGGCCAUCUGCGCCGCCGGCGGCCUGCUGCCCUUCGGAUCCAUCUUUAUCGAGAUGUACUUCGUGUUCACAAGCUUCUGGAACUACAAGGUUUACUACAUCUACGGCUUCCUGCUCCUGGUGGUUCUUAUCCUGUGCGUUGUGACCGUGUGCGUUACCAUCGUGGGAACAUACUUCCUGCUGAACGCCGAAAACUAUCACUGGCAGUGGACCGCCUUCGGCAUGUCCGCCUCAACCUCCUUCUACGUCUUCCUCUACUCGGUGCACUACUUUUUGUUGAAGACCAAGAUGACCGGGUUCUUCCAGACCUGUUUUUACUUUGGCUACACGAGCAUGUUUUGCCUGGGGUUAGCGCUGCUGUGCGGCGCGAUGGGCUACAUGGCGGCCGCCGCCUUUGUGCGGACCAUCUACCGCAACGUCAAGUGCGACUAGGUGGACAAUCGCGUUUGCUGUUUAGCUUAGGUAGGGCCGAUGGCCAGUAAGUCAGAGGUGACGGCCGUGUGUGGGGCCCAGGCCGCAGAGCAAGAGCCACAGCUGUCACAAUCGAUGAGUCAGCAGAUGUCGACGUGCGGGGCUGACCUGGUGGUGAGAGGGGCGAUGCAAGACCGCCAGCAGCAGGGCAUGCUAGGCCACGGGUGGUUGCGGCGCCGGCCACGCCGGUUCGGGUGGCAGGUUCCGCUGUGGCGGGAGGGUUGGGAGGGCGCCAGGGGGCACCCCUGGAGGACGCACACGGCGCGUGAGUGCUGUUGAGUAAGAUGGAAGCAGGGCAGUAUGGCUACGUGACGAGCGGGCGCUUGGUGCUUGUUGGUGCUUGCGGGAGCAGGACUCACGUUUUUUUGGCGCCCAUCAGGGGCUGUAGCAGGUGCGUACACAACGCAGGGCCGCAGGAGAGCUGAGCUUAUCAGCAUGGUCCAUGGUGUGGAAGCAGUGAAAUGGACAUGCAUGUUACAAGUGUAAGUGCGAGGUUGCACCGUUGCAGACGGUGUAGUGCGCGCGGCAUGCGAGGAAGCACACCAUAUGAGUAAUGGGCGCGGAGUAGAACACUAGGAUAGGGCGCCCGGGUGGCAAAACUCCAGGCGGAUCCAGACAGAACUGUUAAAGUUCUGUGGUUACUCUCAUCAAGCUAGUUGGCCUCGCUUGCUUGUACACAGUCCGCACCCGGUCGCGCUGGCCCUGUGUGCAGAAAUGCAAAACCCGUCACUAUCGG